AUGGCGGAACGUGAGGAACUCCAAAAGCGCUACGCGUACCAUGCCAUGUCCAACAAAGUAGAACAGGCCGAUCGGUCGUCUCGACGGGUGCGGGGCAGCGAAGGCACUGGUGAGGUCGAAACCUUACGCGGACGGCGGGAUAUUGGACGCAUGGGCGAUCGGGUGGAGGAGGGACAACCGCCCCCGCCGCCGACGAAAAAAGCCAAACACGUACCUUCGGGACCCCCGUCCAGAAGGGUCGCUCACGGAAACGAGACUAUUCUCGAUUUGGGCAAUCUCACCGGUUAUCAGCCAACGACGGAACAAGCCAAGGCGGCGUACGAAAGUAUUUUGACCAUCAUUGGCUCCAAGGCGUUGUUGGGGAAUCAGGGACCGCAAGUGUUGCGGGACGCUGCCGAAGAAGUCCUCGCGACACUCAAGGAUCCCAAUCUACGGGAUCCGGAACGUCACGAGACAAUAUCGGUCCUGCUCACGGGUAAGAGUCCGCGGUUAUCCGGGGGACUUUCCACCGAACACUUCACGGCCUUGCUGCAGUACGGUAAACAAUUGGAUGACUACAAUAAGGACCAACAGCUGAAGGAUGAUGACAAGGUGGACGACGAAAUGGGGGUCGCUGUGGUCUUCGACGAAUCCGAAGACGAAGCCAACAAACAUGACGACAGUGAGAUCGAUCAGAAUGUGGUCGAGGGCCCGGAAGCGGAGGAGGAUUCCGAGGCGUUCCGAGACGUGGACGAGGAGAUCAUAGUCCAGGGCGCCGAUGACGUAGGGGCCAAGAAGCAGAGUCGUGCAGGCGACCGCAUAUUGUCGGUACAUGAGAUUGACGCCCACUUUUUGCAGCGUCAUUUGGCCAAGCACGUUGACGAUGCGGACGAAUCGGCCAAGCUGGCGGCACAGGUUAUGGGAAUUAUCGAUUUUCGUACCAACUCGGACAUGCGGGAGUGCGAAAAUCGACUGCUCGUACUCCUCGGCUUUGAUCUUUUUGAUACCAUCAAGCUCAUUCUCCGUAACCGUGUACGAGUUUGGGCAUGCAUUUCCAUGAAACGCGCACAGUCGGACGAGGAACGUAAAGCAAUCGAAGAAGCACUGGCGAACGAACCGACCGGUGAGGGGAAGUGUGUCUGGGAAGAGCUGCAUUCCAAGGGAAGAGCCGAAAACUGGACGCGCGAUCGUAUGAAGGGCCUGGCGGAUGCAUUCAAGAGUGAAGCUACAGGGGAUCUUACCAAAGCAAUCGACUCGGUGGGAGUCAAGCAAGAAGACGACGAGACUGCAAUGCAGGUCGAAGUAAAAGAAGAAGCAAACGAGUUGGAUCUUGACAUUCUAGCAUUCCCAGAGGGAAGCCACACAAUGACUAAUAAGAAGUGCGACCUUCCCGAUACAUCCUGGCGGGCCAUGAAGAAAGGUUACGAAGAAGUCCAUGUUCCUGCGGUCCGGAGUGUCAUUCCCAAGGACGAGCGACUUAUUCGUAUCGACGAGCUUCCGUCUUGGACGCAUGCCGCUUUUAAAGGAAUGGAAAAGCUGAACCGGGUACAGUCCAAGUUGUGUGACGUAGCGUUGCGUUCCUCGGAAAAUUUGCUACUGUGCGCCCCAACUGGUGCUGGAAAGACCAAUGUGGCGUGUUUGACCAUGAUGAACAUCCUGGGCCAGUAUCGUCGAGACCGUCAAGUCGAUGACGACCCCGACGCGAAGGACUCGUUUGACUUGAGCUCUUUCAAGAUUGUGUACGUCGCACCCAUGAAAGCGUUGGUGCAAGAAGUUGUCAAGAAUUUUUCCGAAAGGCUUGAGGAUUACGGAGUAACGGUCAGAGAGCUUUCGGGUGAUAGCAGUUUGUCGAGACAGCAAAUUUCUGAAACGCAGCUUCUAGUGACUACACCUGAGAAGUGGGACGUUGUUACGCGCCAAGGAGAAGGAAGAGCUUUUACGCAACUCGUCAAGCUUGUCAUUGUGGAUGAGAUUCAUCUUCUGCACGACGAACGUGGACCAGUCCUUGAAAGCAUUGUAGCGCGAAUUAUUCGCCAAGUGGAAACUACAUCCGAACCUGUACGCCUUGUAGGCCUUUCGGCAACACUUCCGAACUAUACCGACGUCGCUACUUUUCUUCGCGUAGACCACAAUAAAGGUCUCUUCUUUUUCGACCAUUCGUAUCGGCCCGUUCCUCUACAAAUGCAGUACAUUGGAUUGACGGAGCGGAAUGCAUUCCGGCGAUUUCAGUUGCAGAACGAAAUCUGCUAUGAGAAGGCUAUUGAGCAGAGACGCAAUGGAAAUCAGAUGCUGAUUUUUGUUCACAGUCGCGCCGAGACUGGAAAAACUGCCAAAGCGCUGCGGGAUCUUGCUCUGGAACGGGAUGAGUCGACUAAUUUUGUCCGGGAGAAGGGGGCAACACAGGAGAUUCUUCGAGAGGAGUCUUCGGCGGUGAAGAACGCCGAUCUUAAAGAUGUUUUACCUUACGGUUUUGCGAUUCAUCAUGCUGGAAUGGCUCGCGAAGACCGAGAGCUUGUGGAAGAUCUUUUCGCGGACCGUCACAUUGCCGUAUUGGUUUGUACCGCGACUCUGGCUUGGGGAGUCAACUUACCUGCGCAUGCUGUCAUUAUUAAAGGUACACAGAUUUAUGAUCCGUCCAAGGGCCGCUGGGCCGAACUAAGCCCACUCGAUGUGUUACAAAUGCUUGGCCGGGCAGGACGCCCCCAGUACGAUAGCGAGGGCGAAGGAAUUAUUCUUACGCAACAUAGCGAAUUACAGUACUACUUGUCGCUCACAAACUUGCAGCUUCCGGUCGAAAGUCAGCUCAUCAAGACUCUUCCAGACCACUUAAAUGCUGAGAUUGUGUUAGGAACGAUUCAGACCAUCUCCGAAGCUGUCGAUUGGCUAGGUUACACGUUUCUUUUCGUCCGUAUGCUGCAGAAUCCAAAUCUCUACGGAAUAUCAGAGACCUCGUUUCUAGAUGACCGCACUCUGAAGAAGCGGCGGCUUGAUCUUGCCCACUCUGCCGCGUCGAUUCUUGAGAAAAGUCAUCUCGUUCGCUACGACAGGAAAAGCGGCGCGUUGCAAGCAACCCCCUUGGGCCGCAUAUCAAGCCAGUUUUACAUUUCACACUCGUCUAUGGCUGUGUACAGUCGACACAUGAGAUCUAAUAUGUCUGAUAUUGAGCUUCUUCGUUUGUUCUCGCUUAGUGGGGAGUUUCAUCACAUAACUGUCAGAGAGGAGGAGAAAUUGGAGCUCACUAAACUUUCCGGGCGUGUCCCAAUUCCAGUAAAAGAAAGUCCAAACGAAGCUUCGGCCAAAGUUAAUAUUCUUCUGCAAGCCUACAUAUCGCGGCUUAGACUCGACGGCUUUGCCCUGGUCGCUGAUAUGGCCUUCAUUCAGCAAUCAGCUGCACGUAUCAUGCGUGCGUUAUUUGAAAUUGCCCUUCGGAGGAAUUGGUCCUCUCUCGCUAAGCUUUGCCUUGACAUGUCGAACAUGGUGUCGUAUCGGAUUUGGAGAAGUCAGUCUCCUUUGAGACAAUUUAAGAACGUCCCGGAAGUUGUCGCGAGGAAGCUUGAGCGUAAAAGUGAUAUAGAAUGGGCGAGAUACAACGAUCUGACCUCAGCCGAUCUCGGGGAGCUCGUCGGCGUUCCUAAAAUGGGCCGUGUUUUGCACAAACUUGUUCAGCAGUUUCCUCGUCUCGAAUUGUCGGCUCAGAUUCAGCCACUAACGAGAUCUAUGUUACGCAUUGAGGUGACCCUACUGCCAUCGUUUAAUUUCGAUGUGACGAUACACGGAUAUGUGCAGCUUUUUCAUGUUAUAGUCGAAGACGUCAACGGCGAUACAAUUCUGCAUCAUGAGUUAUUUUCGCUGAAGAGCAGCAAUGCAGAUGAGGAGCACGUUCUACUGUUCUCAGUCCCAGUGCUAGAGCCGCUUCCGCCAGCAUAUUUUAUUCGUGUAAUGUCGGAUAGGUGGCUUCAUUCCACAGCUGUGCUUCCUGUUUCCUUCAGCAAGAUGAUCCUACCUUCAAAGUUUUCUCCUCCAACCGAAUUGUUGGAUUUACAGCCUCUUUUACCAUCAGCUCUUGGAGUUUCUGCUUUGUCGGAGAUUUUCGCUUACAAAGAGUUCAACCCAAUUCAAACCCAAGUAUUUCAUGAACUGUUUAAAACCGACAAGAAUUGUCUAGUUUGUGCACCCUCUGGUGCGGGAAAGUCGACUUGUGCUGUGUUCGCUGUUUUGCGUAUGCUGACAACUAACGCUGACGGUGUGUGUGUGUACAUUGCCCCAACUGACGCGAUCGCAGACCGAACGUUCACGGAAUGGAGGCUUCUUUUUGGUCGCAUCCUUCCAAGCAGUUCUAUUGUCCGACUGAGUGGGGAAACAGGUCCAGAUCUGAAGCUCCUCUCUCAAGGAAAGGUUGUUGUAUCGUCGGCAAAGCAGUGGGAUAUGGUCAGUCGCCGCUGGAAGCAACGAAAAGCAGUGCAGAAUGUUGCCCUAAUGAUCUUCGAUGAGCUGCAUUUUCUUGGAGGUAUCAUUGGACCGACGCUGGAAGUUGUAAUAUCUCGAACUCGUUAUAUGAUCGGGCAGAGCGAAGAUGGCAAGACUGUCGCAAACAUGCGAAUUGUUGGUCUCAGUGCCUCGCUUGCAAACGCUCGAGAUGUGGGGGAAUGGAUGGGCGUGUCUGGAAAGAGUUUGUUUAAUUUUUCUUCAAAGGCGAGGCCUAUGCCACUCGAAAUCUUUUUUCAGUCCUUUGAACAAGCGAAUUACUCAGCGAGGCUUAUGGCGAUGGCCAAGCCUGUUUUCAGUGCCGUCGAGAGGCAUAUCGGGGAAGGAACGGCAAUUGUGUUUACCCCGAGCCGUAGGCAGGCUCAACUUACUGCGAUUGAUCUUAUGACAUUUCGAGAUGGACAAGGGCUUGGGUCUUACGUUGGCAAGUCUGUAGAUACGCUUACUCUCGCAGAAAUCGCUUCAACACUGCGAGAGCCUGCCUUGCAACAGGUUGUGACGAACGGGAUUGGCUUCCUUCACGCAGGAAUGAUAGAUAGCGAUUGGAAUACAGUAGUGGAUCUCUACAACUCUGGGGCAUUGCGGAUUCUGGUUUGUCCUACAGACGUAUGCUGGAAGAUUCGUUGUGUGGGGCGACUGGUCAUUAUUAUGGGCACGGAAGUUUACGACGGUAGGGAGGGUCGACACCUUGACUACCCGGUCAUGGACAUUCUUCACAUGAUUGGACGUCAUGAUCCAAGAUCGAGUGGUAAAUGCGUUCUUCUAUGUCACGCCCCCAAAAAAGACUACCUAAAGAAGCUGAUAUACGACCCAGUGCCGAUCGAAAGCCAUCUUGAUUCAUACCUGCAUGAUCCACUGAAUGCUGAAGUUGUAACUAAGACAGUGUCGUCGAUGCAGGAUGCAAUCGAUUACUUGACCUGGUCUUUUCUCUAUCGCCGUCUUCCUCAGAACCCGACAUAUUAUGGACUGCGGGGUACUUCAAAUGUUUUCCUUAGCGAAUACUUGAGUGAGAUGAUUGAAACAGUCAUUGGCGAUUUGGAAGAGAGCAAAUGCUGUAGCAUGUCGGAAGAAGGUGAUAUAUCUCCGUUAAACUUGGGAAUGAUCGCAGCAUACUACUAUGUUCAGUACCGAACAAUCGAGCUCAUUGCCUCGUCCGUAACGGAGAAAACAAAAAUUCGGGGUAUCAUGGAAAUUUUGUCGGCGGCUUGGGAAUUCUCAGAGUUUCCUAUUCGUUUCGGCGAAGACAGGACGUUGAAAUCUCUCGCACGAACCCUGCCGUAUACGCCUCCAGACGGUGCGAAUUACGAUGCAAACACGAAAGCCUUGAUUCUUUUGCAAUGUCACUUUAGUCGUAAGGUUAUUGGUGCUGACCUGCGAUCCGAUCAGAAGAGCAUGCUAAAGGAGGCCGUCAAUCUCGUACAGUCCAUAGUAGAUGUAAUCAGCAGCAACGGAUGGCUAAAGCCUGCGCUCGCCGCCAUGGAGUUAAGUCAGAUGCUCGUGCAAGGACUUUGGAAUAAAGAUCAUGUCUUGAAGCAAGUGCCCCACUUCACGGAAGAAAUCAUAGGACGUUGCCGAAAUCACGACGAACCUGUUGAAACAGUGUUCGAUAUUUUGACGAUAGAAGACGACGUCCGUAAUCAGCUUUUACAGCUCCCCGAUGACAAGAUGGCUGACGUUGCGGUAUUUUGCAAUACAUACCCAAGUAUCGAGGUCUCAUUCAAAGUACAUGAUGUCGAAGACGUUGCCGCAGGCAAUCCGGUACAAAUCGUGGUCGAAUUAGAGCGCGAAGUUGACGAAGAUGACAUGGACGAAGCCGAAAUGGAGGCGCUUGGAACAGUUGCGGCACCACUGUUUCCGAUUGCAAAGAAGGAAGGAUGGUGGGUUGUUGUUGGGGAUACAUCCACCAACUCAUUGCUAUCCCUGAAACGUGUCAACUUGCGACACAAGCAAAAAUUGUCUCUAGAUUUUCUCGCCCCAGAUGAACCAGGCGAUUACGACUUGACCCUGUUUUGCAUGAGCGACAGUUACCUUGGAUGUGACCAAGAGUACAGGAUUCCCUUGAGUGUUGCGGCUGCAGAGUCUGACGAAAGUGAGGAGGACGAGUGA